GCAGCCAGCAACAGCCAACUGAGCGUGCAUUUCGGCAUUACAAAAUGACGCGCGAUGCAGAAAAAAGUUUCUUAGUCACUUGGCGCAUAGAAAACUACGAUUUUUGUCAAUCAACAAUCAGAAGUCCAUCAUUUUUCAUUGACUCGGCAAAAGGCAAUUAUUUUUUUGAGUUAACCCCGAAAUCCCUACUGAGGAAAGAUCACGUUGUUUUUCAAGUUCAAAAGGAAGUACGGGAUUCGUUUCAAAUCUGCUUCAAAGCUUCCUUUUCCACCGAUGACAGUUCUUCCCCUUUAUAUGAAGGCUAUAUUGAUAUGAAUACGGGGUUAUCCUCAGCUUGCUAUGUGCCUCAUAGUCAAGUUUAUGCAAGGAAAAGAGUUGGAUUCCUUCCACCUAAAACGCUAACUAUCCGAUGCAAAAUAUGUAAGAUAAAGGGGUCCUUCUCAGAAGAAGGGCGAUGUUUUGCUAGAACCAGAAUACGAGUGAUAAAGAAAGCAUUCAUUGGGUUCGUGGAGGGUUUUAGCUAUCUGACUUCUGAUGAAUGGAAGACUUUGACCAUCAAAUCAUCUUCAACUGAAAAAGACUUUUUUAAGAUAGAUUUAACAGUAGGUGGUGAUUUCUGUUGUAAAGAAAAAGUUUGGAUUGAUAUCAUUCCAAAGCAGCAUGAACGUUUCAAAUAUGGCAAAUGCGAAUUGUUCCUUAUAGACACCUUAGGAAUAAAGACAAAAUGUGGAAGAGCCGAAAUCACUGUCGGUCAUAAAGAGCAGAAGUUUCCUCUCGAUUUCACGAGAGGUUUUUUGUUAAAAAAUAAUACACAGUUGUUACCGAAUGAUACUCUGACCCUAAAGUUCGAAAUUGCUUUUUCUUCUGGCGUAGAAUAUGAAGAGAUAGAAGACAGCGAAUUUGGUGAUCUUGGGUUUUUUGACACAAAUCGAUCUAAAUUCACUAGCGCCCUAGAAGACUUGACUAGUUUGUAUGAGAACGGUAUGCUUUGUGACGCAAUGCUGCAAACAAAAACUGAAUUAUUUGGUGCUCAUAAAGUUAUUCUGAGUGCUCGGUCUUCAGUAUUUAGAAGUAUGUUUACUACCGACAUGAAAGAGAAGGAAACCAACAUCGUGGAGAUCGAAGACCUGGAUGGGAAUACGGUUCGCAGGAUGCUACUGUUUAUGUAUUCGGAUAAGCUGGAAGACCUGGAUUGGGAAAGUGCAAAAGAUCUGUAUUUCGCUGCCAAUAAGUAUAACAUUGCAAGUCUUACACAUAAAUGUUCAAAUUUGUUGGUGAGCAGCCUCGAACUAUAGAAUUGUUGCGAGCUCUUGCAUCUAGCUGACAUGCAUCACGACGGGGAUUUGGUGGCAAAAGUGCAGGAAUUUAUUGCAGGCUGCUGUGAAGAAAUCUUUCGCUCCGAACAAUGGCUGAAUUUCGAGAAGUGUGACCCUGAACUUGCCCUCAAAACUCUUCGUGCUGUGUAUCUGGGAAAUUAAGAAAAUUAUUGGAUACCCUUGGAGGGCACAUUCACACAUCUCACAGAUAGAACAACGGAAGAACAACCAUGCCCAAACAGGGACUCGAACCCAG